AUGGGUCACAUGAUUCUCAUCGCAGAGGAGAUCGUCAAGCUGUUCGAGCACUACCAGGAAGAAAUCUACCUUGUUAUCGAACCCCACAUUCCGCAGCCGGCAUGGGAUCGAUACGUCACCAAGACCUUGCGCGAAACGAGGGAGCGGGAUCUGUCACCCUUAGGAGGAGGCGUCGCGAACCACUUACAUGACACGAGCUCGGUCACAAGUGCUCUGAGCGACGAGGAUGACGAGUUCCCCAUGAAUGCCGUGCGAGCUCUGCGAGCGGUAGAGGCAAACUCUAAGAAUGGACUAUUGCCCGGCGCCGAGGACGGGCAAUUGGCAGGAGGUUUGUUCGACGCCGAGAGCAAAAGGGCCACGGACGCCGAGAUCGCCGAUGCCAGUUCCCACGACCAGUUCUCGCGGUAUCUCGCGAAUGCGAUCGCCGGUGAUCGACCGGACAAAUUCGGGAGUUCGGAUGAAGAGGAUGAGGAUGACGACGAGACGGGGUGGGUUGGGUCAUCUGGUGAUCCGCGCGAUCGCGAUUUCGCUCUGGGCGAGUUGGAACGACCACCGAAGCAGUUUGGGUUCGAUGAUCGGUUCGAGAUGGCGGGCAAGCAGGUAUUUAGGUCAUCUACGGAGGACAGUGAUGAUGUGAGUGGUGUUGGUACCAGUUCGUGUAGGUGUUGAGCCAUGUGAACUGACUCGGCAUCCCUUUCUUCUGAUGCAGGAAGGCGAAUGGGGGGGAGCCUUCGCAACGAGUGAGCCGGCUUCCAAAGCACCGUCUAGUGCUACGACGAAAGGAAACGAGCUCUUCUCAGACGACUUCAAGCCCACUGUCGCUUCCUCAUCCGCUUACGCCGUUGCCGCUGCCGUCGCUGGCUUUGGGUCUUCCUUUGUCGACUCGUUCACCGACAGCUUCGCCUCUUCACCGUCCGUACCUUCGGGUGACGACGACGAGGAUGACUUUGGUGACUUUGAGGAUGCUUCGGUGCCUUCCAUCACCUUGCCAUCGAUGGAUGACGCGUUGGACGACUUCGACUUUGGUGAAGAAGGGCGACGCGUCGAAUCGAAUGCUGCAGCGGGCAAUUCGAAUCUCGACGCGCCCAACUCGGCUACGAUCGCACCCACUUUCUGCGCGCCUCGACCAGGGGCAUUACUGAGGCGGGACACUGUCGAGGAUGGGUCCGCGGCCUUCGGCGCUUUAUCCUCCCCGAGCUCACCGACAGAGGGAGUUACCCCUAA